UUUCUAAUAUGUCCUUCAUCAUGAAAUCCAGUCAAGUCCAGAGCCCAGAGCAUAAGUCUGUGUCCUGUGGAGAAAUACCUGCAUAGACCGACUAUGCAGCACACAAGAGCACAUAGAUUUUAGACUAAAAGUGAUUCACGGUUAAACUCAAUCAUAUGGUAAAUCAAUCAUAUCUGCAGGCUUGUUUCUGACAGAGUUUUCCCUGAGGCACGGUUGCCUCUACAGCGUGGCUUAAAAAUAGUCCUGUGGGAGUCUUAAUGCUACUUAGCAACAUUUAGAGUACAGGCACGCGGACUUCUUUGGAGUAUUUAAAAGUGUGGAAUGCUGUUUAGAGAAAAUACCUCGGUAGUGCGGGGGGCUGGGUGGAUAAAUGAGCCACUCUGAAAGCUUUUUGAUUAUUUUCUGCUCGGUAAAUCAAAUCAGUGGGCGAGACUUCCCUCGUUCUUUUAAUCUCUGAUAAAUUCUCUCCCUUGUGCGCUGAUAAGGACGGUUUGUUUCACUUUGGGAUGAAAAGUUGUCCCCUUGAAAAGGGGGCUUAAUACUCCCUCAGGACUGGAGAUUGUUCAGCUGUGACUCCGUCCCACCGAGGGACCAGCUCAUUCUGCCCUAUAGAGAGCUCAACUCAACCACUCUCAAGCUGAAGACUAUAGCAGGGGUACUACUACGUCGAAUUUUAUCUCCCUAAACUUCAGGGAGAUAUUUCUUUUUUUAUAUAUAUAUAUAUAAAGAAUGGGAGACUAUGAUGAGGACACUGCAUUCCUAGGGCAAACGGGUCCUUAUUUCUGGGCAACAUUCUUCCUCCUGAACACAAUUUAUGUGUCAACUGGCUUCAACGGACUUUACAUUGUGUUUGUUGGAGCAGCUCCGAAACACCACUGUCUCGUUCCAGACGUCAACCUCACCGAGGAGUGGAGGAAUGCCAUCAUUCCCGUCAGGAUAGUGAAUGGUGACGAGGUCCCGGACCAGUGCAGCAGAUACAAACUGGACGUGGUCAGAAACCUCUCGGACGAAGGAUAUGCUCCCGGAAGGGACGUUAACCUGACGAGUCUGGAGCAGGAAGCGUGUUUAGACGGAUGGAGCUACAGCAAAGAUAUCUACCAGUCCACUAUAGUCACAGAGUGGGACCUUGUUUGUGACAAUCAAUGGAAAGUUCCAUUUGCAUCCUCAACUCUCUUUGUGGGAUAUCUGUUUGGCUCCCUGAUCUCAGGCCAGCUCUCUGACAGGUUUGGGAGGAAGAAGGUCGUUUUCAUCUCGCUCGCGGCCCAGAGCCUCUCUGUCAUGCUUCAGUCUUUCUCUCAGUCAUGGAGGAUGUUCUGCAUCAUUUUCAUGUUGGUCGGAGCCUCUCAGAUCUCCCUGUACAUAUCCGCAUUUGUACUAGGUACAGAGUUGUUGAGCAAAACGAUGCGAGUGCUCUUCACAACUCUCGGCGCCUUCCUCUUCUACUGCAUCGGGUACAUGACGCUGCCCUGGAUCGCGUACGGCAUCAGGGAGUGGAGGAGUCUGCUCGCUGUCCUGUCAGCGACGUCCAUAGUCUACAUUCCCCUGUGGUGGUUCAUCACAGAGUCUCCUCGGUGGCUGAUCACUCAGGGAAGAGUAGAAGAGGCUGAAGCUAUUGUGAGAGAUGCUGCAAGGAAAAAUAAAGUCCAGGCGCCAUGUGUAAUCUUUAAAGAAUCUGAGGCUGUGCCUUCGAACAAGAAAUACACCAUGCUUGAUAUUCUGAAAUCCAAAAAGAUCAGAUGCAUCACGCUGAUGUGUCUCCUUCUCUGGAUGGCGAUAAACAUCGGGUAUUUUGGCUUGUCCCUGAAUACCUCCAACCUGAGUGGGAACCCCUUCAUGAACUGCUUCCUGUCAGCUACCACCGAGGUCCCUGCCUAUGUCGUUGCCACUUGGCUGCUGGGGAAAUGUCCCAGAAGAGCUCUGCUGUCGACGUUCCUCGUCAUCGGAGGGGGGGUUCUCCUGCUCAUCCAGUUCAUCCCCGGCACUCUGCAGUAUGUUGCUCUGACCCUGGAAAUGACCGGGAAAUUUGCCUUCACCACGGCCUUCAGCACUGUGUACAUCUACACGGCCGAGCUCUACCCCACGGUGCUUAGGAACGUUGGAAUCGGGAUGUGCUCUUCCGCUGCUCGCAUUGGCAGCAUCACAGCUCCUUAUGUCAUUUAUUUAGGUACGUAUAAUAAGGUUCUGCCUUAUAUUGUAAUGGGAAGUCUCACGAUUGCCUGCUCUGUGGUUAACUUCUUCCUUCCGGAGACCCUCCAUAAAGAUCUUCCAGAAACCGUGGAGCAGAUGCAAGAAUGUCAAGGGUUGUGCAAUGGACCUAAAAAAAAGUACAUGGAGAACGGUUCCAUAGGCAACCCAGCCUUACAACGUGACACCAGAGCUGAUGUGCAAACUCUUGCGCCUUAGCUUCUUUGACAGACUUUCUAAGCAAGAAAGAGUGUUUGUCUUGAAAGUGACCAAAAUCUGAAAAUAAAAUCCCUCAGCUGCUUAGUGGGGGCACAGAAGUCCUCUGCACAACAAUAGAUUUUUUUACUGUUUGUAAAAAAAAAUAUAAUAAAAAUAACUUUUCUUUUUUUACUUGUUUGUAAAAACUUUAUAGAAAUUUCACAAAGAAAAAAUGAAUGUAUCUUUAAAUUUUUGUAGAAAAUUGAAACACAUGUUUACAAUGUUACAUACAAUUUAAAAAAUAAAAUAAACGUUACUUACAGUAAUUCACAGAAAUUCACCUGUUUUUU